UGUAAUUUCCUUACCAGAUUGAAAGCCCAUAUUUAACAGGGUGAAAUUAUCUGGCCGCCUACAAACAAGAAAGUUUGCAUCACUGUAAAUACUGUAGUGACCAAGUGCGUCGGAGACGGAGUGAGCGCGCAUGAAGGGGAGUUGCGAACACCACUUUUCAGUCGGUAUAGCUCCCGGGCGCUUUAACGCUGCUUCGUGGUGCGUCCCGGGCGCUUUAACCUGCAGCUAGAUAUUUGCAAAGCAGUCUGCAAUACUUUCUCUGGUUUCUUUUUGAUGACCAGUUUUGAGUAACGUCAUAAACAGGCGAAAAGUGCAGAGCAAGCAAAUAAGCCGCUAAGGAGCCGUUCGUACUAUAGCCUAGACAUUACUGCUAAACCUGGGUGAGACAAAAAAAAGAACUUUAUCUACCAGCAUGUGGUAAGUUUUCACCUUUCUGGAGUUUGUGGAUGUUUCAGCCGUGGGGUAUGUUGUCUUUAUCACGCGACAGGUCUCAGUAGCAGGCAUAAAUAACGGAUACAUGUUUCACUAACUUUCUUAUUAGCCCAUUAAGGCAGCAAGUCACCACGAAACAUCAAGGCUAUAUUUUAAUAUCGUACACGUAGAAUAUUCUUAAUGACACAUAUUUAAUAUCAUUGCUUACAUUUUUUGUUCAUACUAUUGCAAUAUGCCUCACGCUCGAAAUAGGAACCCUAGUCCCAUCCCAGAAGUUACAUGGGACACUGGGCUUAAGGAAAUGAACGAAACAUGGAAAGGGGCGAUCGCCUGCUUUGGUGUGGCUGUCUUCUUCGCUAUGACUAUCGGGAUCAUUUAUUGGCAAGUCGUCGAUCAGCCUAAUAAGAACUGGAUCUUAAGAGGGACUUUUAGUGGACUGAUUUGGGAGAGGAACACCCACUCUAUUGUUAUACAGACACUGACCGAGAACAAGACCUUUGUGGAGAUUGGCGUGAAGAACGUCGGGAACCCUGAAGCUGACGUGCCAUUUGUCAGAAACCUGUGCUGGUCAAACAAAACAGAGUUCUGUUUCACCUGGGAUUCGGUUGCAAACAUCAAGAUAUCUUUGGAAUCAGAUGACGCAUCGCAGACCGAGUGCUACAACAUUACCUGGACGCCACUGAAUUGUCAUAUGGAUUUAGAGGACUGUUUCUCUAUGAUUAAUGUCUCCUGGUACGGUGGAGCGAGUGUCCAGGCGCAGAAUUGGCCGAUAAACAACGCCUCUGUCUCCAUGCAACCUUUUGUUGUGAGUGACCUUCAAGCUGACCCUUUGGGGUAUGGGUCAGUUUUGGAGCGCUACUUCCUGGGGUCGACAGGUGUGGCGGUGCUGGUGGAUCCCGAGGUGGCCCUGCAGGUGGGCUUUGAGAGCAUGCGGCGCUUCUGUCUGCGUAAGCCCCCCAGCAUGGCGAAGCUUCCCCUCAAGUACACGGUGUGUGUGGGAUCAAACCUCAAGGCCAUGCACCAGGAGGUGCGGCUCCGUCCCCUGUCCCACAAACCAGCGCUGCCCAACAUGGAUAUCCUAUGGUUGCCGUUCUGGAAGCUGCUUGUGAACGUGGACUCUGGAGUGAAGCUUGAGAGGGAGCUCCGGACCUUCUCCAACCGACUGAAGAGACUCCACCUGGGGGAGGGCGUCCUCAGCCUCACGGAACAUUCCACGGCUCUCCUAUCCGACAUGCUGGACCAUGAGUACCUCUACGGUAAGAAGAAAGUCUCUGAGGGAACGACCAGGGAUCUGACACUAUUGAGGCUCCUGAACAUCUCCGCCACCCUGUCCCCGUUCCUGGGUAUAGACAGCCAGCAAUUCCAGGCUUCCCUGGAGGAUGGCAGAGAAGCGUACUGGCUCAGCUUGCCUGCAACCCCACAGGGCCACCUGGCACCCCUGCUCACACACUGGAAGGAGAAGUUCUGUGUGAAGCUGAACGUCAGCAACCCAGCAGCAGUGGCCUGGUUCAUUGAGAGGGUGUCCAGUCUGCGGGCCCUGUUGGGUGUGGAAUACCUGGUGCUGGAGGGUGGGGAGAGGAACCCAUUUCAGGAGCAUGGCCUGUGCCCACCCAAAGCCCUGGCCAGAGAUGAGUACAUCCAGCUCCUGGCAGAAGUGGCCACAAGGAUCAGCAACUCGGUCAUCGUGACCGCGGGAACACGACCGAGCCAGACGCCUCUGUUCCUCAGCAUGGUCCCGCUCAGCAGUGACUGGAGUCACUCAGGGCUGAAGGGCCUUAUUCCAUCAGUCCUGCACUACAGCCUGCUGGGCCAUAGCUUCUUCAUUCCUGAUGCAGUAGGUGGCUCCCUCUCCAUGGAGCUUGUCACUGACGAGGAGCUCUUCAUCCGCUGGCUGGAGAUCAUCUGCUUUUUCCCUGUCAUGUCCUUCCAGACUCCCCCCUGGGUGUACGCUGAGGACAGGGUCCUGAACCUGACUAGAGCCUAUAUAGCCAAGCACCAGGACUUUGUAGUUCCCCUCAUACUAAAGUAUGCAGAGGAAUGGAAAGCCAGCAGGAAUCCCAUAUACCGUCCCCUCUGGUGGGUCAGUCCUGAAGACCUCAACACGUUCACUGUCGAUGAUGAGUUUCUGAUAGGAGACGAGGUCCUUGUAGCACCAGUUACGGAGAGGGGCGCCACCCAGAGAGAUAUCUAUUUACCAGGAAGCGGAUUUCAGUGGCAAGACCUGAGCAACAGCCAGGUUUUUGAUGGAGGGACAUGUUUAAGAGAUUACCCUGUUGGUCUUGAAGAAGUGGCCGUUUUCGUACGUAGGAAUUCUUGAAGCAACGGGAACAGUUUUGUUACUGCUGUUCUUCCACUCUGAUUGCACUUUCCUCUAAGACUAUCAGCAGCAUAGCAAGAUAUCAUUUUUGGACAUUUUUAUACUUGCACUAUAGAAUUCUACAUAAUUUCUAUAUUCUAAGGGUUUUUUUGUAAUCAGCAAUUGAGCAAUUUCAUCAUUUUAUAGACUUUUUGCUGCUUUUUUUCGCAUUUAAACGUGUUUACAUUUGAUUUUACUGUCUUUUAAAAUAUUGACUACAGAUAUCCAUCCAAUGAAGUAACAAAGUAUAACCUUCAUGCACUUAAAAAAGUUGAUGAAUUUUAUAAAGAAGACCAAAUUGGAGAAGAAAACUUCUUCGCUAAAGAAGAGCCUGGAAAACCACACAUGAAUAUGUGGACUUGCUAAUUUUACUAGGCUCCUGCAUCCUGCAUUUGAAAAUUUUACCUCAACUUACUGUAUGUGUUUAGAGUACUUUGCCUUACAAAGACGCAGUCUCAAUCAUCUCUUCAAAAUUCUCAAUCCAAAUGUCUUGAAAGCAUCAAAGUAUGUCCCACACGUAUGUUACUGCAAAUGAUGACUGAAUUUUAGAUGGAACUGGUUAGAACAAUAUGAGAAGAGGCUCCGGUGGGCUUUGAGCCAUUUUUGUGUCCAAUCACAUCCUCUUCACUGUAUACUAGCCAGUGUCUUUCUUUCUCUCCUCUGGAGGAAACGCACAAGACAGACUCCUGUCAGACCUGACACACUGCCGCUGGUACUUUGCCAGGAUGCAAGAUACGUGGGUUAAAAUGCCUUCUGCUCUGCUCCAUUGCCAAAGCUGCUUGUGUGUAUCUGCACCAUUGAGUUACUAUAACAAGUACUGUAUCGGGUUGUGUAUCGGGUUGUAAAGUAAGGCCUGUAGGAAACAGCAGAGCCUGGUUCUCUGUUGUAAUCAGGUGGUCUACUCUUGCAUUCCUUCAGUCCUCUCGACUCCAGGAGCAUACACUUGGUUGAGUUUCCGAUGCCAUAUUACAGUUUAUUAUAUAUUAAUGAAGCACUGUACAGCCAUUACUGUCAGAGUUUCGUGGUCACAUCCUCUCAAUUAGUAUUCAUAAGACAUGUUAAAUUGUUACAUUUGCAUUUCACAGCAUACAAAAGGUUCAUGCAAUGUUAAGAAUAUAGAGUUGCAGAUCUGGUUAGUAUAUAAUUGAGUUAGUCCACAGACUAGAAGAGAGUGCAGAGAAAGGCUGGCAGUUGAUGAGACAAUGAGGGAAACCAUGCAGUUCAACUGUAUGACCUGUGAGAAGGGUACCACACAAAGUACCCAUAACUUUAUCACAUGGAAGAGGUCAAAGGUCACAUGAGAUCAGGAUGAAGCCCUGUGAUACUGUCCAGAAACCUUUUGUGUGCAAAAAACAGCCACAACAAAUGUUCUGUGUGCAAUUACAGGGGAAGGCCCUGAUACACUGAAUGGACAUUAUAAAAUUGUAUGUUUUAACUAUAAUUCAUACCAAUUCUUUCAAAUGUUAAAUGUAUCUUUUUCUAUGUAUAUGCAUACCAUGGCUCUUUGAUAUCGCAAUUGUGCAGUAGGGAAGGGCCUGACCCACAACCCUUCCUUGUCUGUAGAGUAGGCAGCCAUACAUGAUGCAGUCCUUACCAGAAAAAGGACACAAUCUUGUUCAUCACAUCGUCAUUAGGUGAAAUCAAAAGAAAUGCUGUGUAGUUGUUUGACUUGUUUUUAAUGCUGCACAAUACUGCAAAGAAAUUACACCGAAAGCCAGCUUUCCACUCAGCAACAGAUUGUAGCAUGUUACUGCUUUCGUCUGUAAUGCAUGCUCUGUUUUGUUUUUUAUAUAGAAGUUAUAUAACUGUCACAUGAAUUUUAGAAAUAAACAUAUUAAUUAAUGACCUGAUGGUCAUUAAUCUGGCCUGAUACGAAUGACCUGAACUGUGUAAUUAAAACACAUUAUAUGCUUACUGUAUUUACAGAUGACUCAGGUCCCGCAACUCUUUUUCUUUUGUCAAAAAAAAAUCUACACUAAAACAAAUCAACACUAAAGUCUUAGAGAUUAAUUCACUGGGUUGAACUUCAAUGUCUUUAUAUAGUUCAGGUAAACAUAGAUUUGAAAAUGAAAUUGUGUUUUCCAUAAUACAAACUAUAUAAUUGCAUUUUUAGUGAGUAUACUAUUUCCUGCUUGUGGUUAUAUUUUGGAUCUUCUAAAAAAUUCGGAAGCAUUAUCUGAGGGACCUGAAUGCUGUAACUGCACAAAUUAAAAACAGCAGCAGUGCCUCCCACGAGUCUUUGCUUUGGUUAAUAAAUCUUUUUUUCUUUUUUCUUUUUUUUUCUGUUAAUGAACAGACAUUUCAAAUGUACAA